CCGCUCCCGCCCUGCUCACUCCUGGCUCGGUGACAGCGGGUGGUGUCGGACAGUGUGCUCCUCACUCCGGGGUCGGUAAGAGCGGACAGUGUGCUCCAGUCACAGAGUCAGAGUGUGUUCCCGGUUCCCAGGUUAGUGCAUGCAAUGUUCUCACUGUCAAUAUAGCUGGCUGAGCUUGCUAGGAGUUGCAGUCCAGUAGCUCGCGGACUGAGUAUAGUGUCAGUGGGAGCGAAAGUCACAAAAUCUCGCCGUUUCACUGGUCAUUCACUAAACUCCGAAUUCUUGAAAUCCAAUAACCUGAUUCAGGCGGAAAUAGCUGAUUUGGGAAUAUUCACCAGAUUUACUAUGGUGCCAAGUCUUGCCUACAUAAUAAAUAAUUAUAAAAGUACUGGGCUGGCUCUACCAGUGGGUUGCUUAAUGGGAUUUGUAUUUUCCUCCUCUCAGAUAAAGUAAUUUCUGUCAGUUGCUUUUCAUGCUGGCUGUGCAUGGUGAGAGCUGGAGAGCACAACUCUCACCCCAUGACUAUGUUAUGAGUAUUGCACACUCCUUACUAUAAUUUAAAGGAACACUCAAGGCACCAUAACAACUUCAGUUGGAUUGCCAAGAGGUCCAUGGUGCUUAGCUUUAAGAAGUUAAACUAUUCAUGCAUGGUUUACCCCCAAAGUCUCCUCUCCAUCGCUGUUUCUUAUUGCCCCUUCUACAACCACUUUGUCAAAAUCUUCAGAAUGGCGCCGCAAAUUGUCUUAGAGUGGUCCCUUGAUACUGUAAGCCUUCAGUAGCUCCCUAUUCAUAAAAAAAAAGGCUUGAAAAUGGUACCUUGUUGGGAUGUUUAAUGCAUGACAGUCUGUGCCGUCAACUGGCGUUCUAGCCCUGCGCUGCAUAAUUGCAUAGUCAGUCAUGCAGUCCUCAAGGGUUUAAAAAUUAUGGUAAAAGAAGAUGUGAUUUUGUGAACAUUUAUACACUGCUUCCUGCCUGGCUGUUAAGAUUCUACACUCCCCCCCAAAACACUUUUAAGAACUAUUACAGGUACUGAAUUGACAACUGACUUUGCAAAGUGUAACGGAGCUCCUUGUACUCCGACCGAGUACCCUCCGUUGACAGAUGCUCCUAGCGCUUCCUGAGGACUCCAAGCACUGCAGCAGACACCGCAACCACCGCAGACUCCACAACUGCCGUAUCUUGACUGGAGUCUCGCCGUCUUCCUUCCACCCUGGAUCAGCUUCUGUCCUCCAGGACUGUGUGGGAAAGAACUCUUCCUUCCACCCUGUAUGAACCUCCAGCAUCCAGGACUGUGUGGUGAAGACCCCUCCUCCAAGGAGAGUGUGUGAGGAACAAGCUCUUAAAAGAGCUAAGUGACUCAAGCUCAGGGGAGCAUGCAGAGCAUAGCAAUCCCCAGUGUGAUUAUAACAGCUCCCUCCAAUAAUGAGACAAGGCUACGUUUAGAGGAAUCAAGAAGAACUGUCAAACCUUUAUUCCCUUGGGACCAGCCAAUACAGUCACCACAAUAACAUUGUUGUGAAACCUCAAUAAAAUCACAAACAGUCAAACCAUAUCAAGAAACACACAGUGACUUAUCACAACACAAUGGCACAUUUUUAAAGGGGUGGGGGGGAGACAAUAUUUAACAGUAAAUAUCUCACUUGCCUGCAGAAUUAGCAAUAUGCAAAUCUACCCGAAUAUGCAAAUGAACCAGUCUUGCAAUUCAGGUAGUGCAUAUUGCUGUUGCUACCAACAGAGGGCACUAGACCAGCUCCAUAGCCAAACCCACCUAGUUGGUAGCAAACCUCAGCAAUACAAGAGAGCAGGCAAUACAUUACACAGUACAUACACACACACUAUAAACAAUUACAUUACACACACCCUGCACCUAUAAUGGGUACAGGGUGACUAAAACAUAAGAUAAACAAAGCAGCCUACAUAAAUAGUCCGUCUGAAGGUAGACUAGGGGCUUUAAAGCCAUGUACAUGAAAGAGUCAUAGUCACAGGGGAGGAGGCUGGCAAGUAGGCCUCUCCAGGACCAAGUGGCGAAGGGCACUUCGUCACACAAAGUUUAGGACAAAGUAGCUGAGCUGGAGUUAGACCAACAUGCUUACAAUACCUUUUAUGUGUAUUGUGUUAGGGAAUCCAUUGAUCUACUUUUUCCUGAAUUGUAGUUGUUUUAACCCCUUAAGGACCAAAGCAAUUUUUGCAUUUUUGUGUGUGUGUUAAACCAGUGACUAUGUUUCUCAUUUAUUGCACAGACUAGCAGAAAUAAUAUACUUUAUUAUAUUUUUUUUAUAAAGGACAAAAAGGGGUUUAAUGUGGUGUGACAAAUAUAUAUAACCUUGAAAAAGACCCGCAGAGGUCGAAACGUCGGUUUUAGGUUUUGCACCUUGAAUAAAUAAAACUACAUUUUUUUUCACCAAGUCCUGCGAGUGCAUCCUAUACUUUCAAUUUGGUUAUAUAUGGAACGCAAUAUGGAUGGCACCCAGGCAGGUAUUCAAUUGUAUUGUUAAGGAGAGUGCCAAGCUACUAUUUAUUUUUAUUUAUUUAUUUAUAUAUAUAUACAUAUACAUAUAUAUAUGUAUAUAUAUAUGUAUUAAGGCCUUUUGGCCUGUAAUUGUGGGAGGGGCGUAUGACUCACCUUCUCCCUACUUAAGGGACACCCCUUACCUGACUCCAUACCGUUCGAGGUCAGCGCUGCACGAGAAUCCACUUCCGGUUCACGUACGGCGCCAUCUUGCUUUUCAAAAAACCCGCGGUUUUCGUUUGGUGUAGCUGUGUCCAGGAAUCCUUACAGGUUUUCCGCCCGUUCAGCCACGCACAUACCCGGUGUUUUCGUCGCAGAUUAAGUCCACAGGACUGCAAAAUCGUAAGUCCGUCGCCCGGAUCAUUUCCCACGGCGUCACGAUUUUAAAACGGCCUUACUUUACGGCCACACGCUUUACGGCCAAGUCACAGGCAUAUUAACCCCUUUGCUGCCGGCAUGAUCGCGGUAUACUCUAUGGGCUGACUGACGGUUCGGUUUUUCUUGUAUUAAGCAAACUUCUUGUUUUCUGCAAUAUCAGUAUCUAUAGUUGGUUUCAUGUUAUUACUUGUAUUUAUUUAUGCAAAUUACGAAAUCCUUGCAUAUGACUGGAGCAAAUCCCCCUGUUAACUACUUUAUAAAUAAGUAUUUAUUUAGGUUAUGUUUCAAUCUAUUAGCAGAUAUUGCAUUAUUAAGUUAUAUUGAAAUUCUUCAUGUUAUAUACAUAUAUUUAUGGAGUUAUGCUUAAACAAGCUUUUACAUUUUUAUAGAUAUCUCAUGUAGGACUUAGAAACGUAAUUUCUAAACAUAAUUUAUAACCUAUCAUACCAUGUACUCACGUUUCUUACAUGGCACUUAUAUAUUCUGACUUUUUCUUUGUGUACUCAAACGACAUACCAAGUACACAAGAACACGGUCUCAAAAAAUCUCACAAACUUUCGGGUUGAAUCACACGUCUUGAUUCAACCACUCAUACGUCACGUUGUUUCCUAUUUUGGGAUAAUUUCUCAAAUUUUUUUGUACCUCGUACUUACCUCUUUUCAUGGCUUACGUUUACGGCCUAAAAUAGACUGUAUUGUUUUAAAUCCUGCACCAUAUUAUACUACAAACACUAGCAUUACUAAAUCAUACGCAUUAAUCUUGUCACCAUAGAGACAUAUCAUACACACCCUAAGCAUGGUUACCAUACCACAUAACAGGGCCAGUCGGGCCAAUACCAUUCAUAAAAUUCCCCUUCCAUAUGUACUGCUAGAACUCAUCACAGCUAACUAGUCUAAAUUGGUAUCAUAGGAUCCAAUUCUCACACUAUCAUAUCUGGUUUUCUAUCCCUUUAGGUUUUUCCAGUUUUUCUUUACCUAUCGCUUAUCAAACUCAUACAUACUACCAGGUACGUUAAGCCUGCUCACGCCAUACAUCACAUAUGGUUCCUUCUCUACUUAGGACAUAGAGUACUGGCAAAUUUUAGGGGUUAUAGGCCCAAAUAGGUAUCCCCCCUCCGGGCAUUCUGCCUAUCGUUUAGUGGUCCGCGAGGCCAACACCCCGCCUCAACGUUUCGGAGGUAAUGCCCCCCGGGCCACACGUGAGUUAGCCGCCUCGCAAUUAUAGAGAGGGUGCCACCUGUCACUCCCUUCUCCUGUUUUCUUGUAUUGUCACCGAGAGGCCUACGAACUCCUGCCACUACGUCGGGUGGCCUCAAAUAACCCCUCGCGCCAACGCAUAGAUAGAGCCUCUCAUAGCCACUUGGCAACUAGCAGGGCCUCACCUGUCACCAAAGAACAAGAUUAAUUUUUCGCCUCAUCCGGCAUAAUUAGCCUGCCAGUACAUCCCCUGGGGGUUUUUACGCUAACCAUAUACUUUGUAAUCUAGUAUGUCUCAAGAAGGGGUAGAGGAUUUCUCCAUCCCGAGGACUCCGGCUAGAACAAACACCCCAUCACAGGGGGAAGAUACGGCUAGUCCAGCAUCUUUCAGAUCAUGGACUAUCCCUCGCAUCACUAGCGAACUCAGGAGACGACAAAUCCCUUUUCCAGCAACAGCAAGGAAAGCGGAACUUUACAAAUUACUACACACCUCAACCGAUAACAUGGACGCUGGGGAAGGGUCGAGCCAGUCCAACCCAGGAAACAUACAUGACAUGCUCACGUCCCUCAUGGCAUCCAUGAGCAAGGUCAAUUCUAGGCUGGAGAAACUUGAAUCGGUCACUACAGCCCUCACUAUGGCUGGACCGGCCACGGCAAUUCCCCCAUCAGUGGUGGAGUCGCAAUCAGUUUCUCCAGCUAUCACCUCGGAUGACCAAGAGGUUUACCCUGCCCACAUGAUUCCUGAGCACCUCAGGAGAGAUAUCCUGGAAGGUAAAGAUGUCAAUCUGGCCUCACUACUAAUUGCCUCCCAGGAUAUAGUGGAACAUAAGACCUACGCUUAUGGCGAUAUUUCUGUGGUGGUCAAAUCUAGGGAUGCACGAUUAAAUAGGAAGCUAACCAUUCCAGAAUUUGUAUUAGCUUUUGGCAUUUAUCGGGAUGUGAUCUGUACGGUAUAUCCCCACAGACGUGAGGAGUUUGACUUAUAUAUGCACAGGCUGGUUGAUCUGGGCAACAAAUAUGGUGGGUCAGCUUUCUAUGACUACCAUAGAUCCUUUUCUGCCAAAGUGUCUGGCGCCUUCUCACAGUACGGGACAAGGUCCAACUGGAGUAAGAUUGAUACGAUCAUUUUUUGCAGGCACUUUGCAGGUCUAAGAGCACCGGCCUGUGCACACUGCUCCUCCAUGGCUCAUACUGCCAAUUUUUGUCCGACCACUGCGAACGAACCUACCACCUCGCAGGGCACUAGCUCCGCUGUUUCGGCAGAGAGAACACCCAAAGACAAACUGGGUCGACCUAUCAAGUUUUUGGGGAAAUCCCAAAUAUGUAAUAAUUUCAAUGUCGGUGCAUGUAAUUACAGCGGUUGUCGGUUAUUGCAUAUAUGUUCAAAAUGUUUUAGGGCACAUGCGAAAACCAUGUGUCCAAAUAAAAUGUACCCUAAGCAAUACUUAACUGAGAUAAAUAUUUCUGUACUCACGGCAUUACUGUCACAACAUCCAUCUAGACAUUUGGUAGACUUCAUCAUCACUGGUCUAUCACAAGGAUUCCAUACUGGUCUCAUACACAUGCCUUCAGGAAUCCUUGAAUGUCCUAAUUUACAAUCUGCACAACAAAACCCUACAGCGGUUAGCACACUCAUAGCCAAAGAAGUGGCAGAGGGCUUCCUAUUGGGACCCUUUCAGUCCCCUCCUUUUUCCACAUGGCGGACAAACCCCAUCGGUAUUGUCACAGGGAAAUCUUCCCACAAACAAAGACUUAUCAUCGAUCUGUCUGCACCUCACACCUCUGCCUCACCUAGUCUGAACUCCCUUAUCCCCUCUGAGGAAUUUUCACUUCAAUACUCCACCAUAGAUCACGCCAUUACAGCUAUCAUGCAGGCAGGGGUCGGAGCAUGGCUCAGCAAGACUGACAUUACAAAUGCCUUCACAUUAUUGCCUAUCCACCCUACACUAUGGCACCUGCAUGGCAUUAAGUGGGCCGGGCACUACUACUUUUUCUCACGCCUAACGUUUGGUUCAAAAAGUAGUCCGGCCAUUUUCGACGUAUUCGCCGAAACAUUAUGCUGGUUAUUAUUAAAUGUAGCCAGAUGCCCUACAGUUAUACACUACCUGGAUGAUUUCUUACUGAUCGAAGAGAACAUUUCCCCUCCCAGUAGCCUCAUAGAAACCAUCAGUCUUUUUAAACAGGUGGGUGUUCCAGUCUCCCCCACCAAAACUGAAGGACCAGAUACAGUCAUCACCUUUCUGGGAAUCAUGCUAGACUCAGCCACCAUGCAAGCCAGCCUGCCACGCACCAAGAUAGAGAACAUUCUCACCAACAUUAACCUCUACAUACACCUCGGUAAUUGCAAUCGCAAAGAAUUGCAGUCUCUACUUGGGUCACUGAACUUUGCCAUGCGCAUUAUACCUCAAGGCCGGGCUUUCAUCUCACGGCUCCUAACCAUGUUCCCACUGUUUAGACAUGAUGCACACAGGUUACCACUGGAUACCCAAGCCACGGCAGACCUACUUAUGUGGAGAAACUUUUUGACCACCUGGAAUGGGAAAAGCAUGUUUCUCCCUAAAUUGUCUGACUCCUCACCUACCAUCUGGUCAGACGCGGCGUCUACCACAGGUUUUGCAGCAAUUUACGGGAAUGAAUGGCUUUGGGGUAGCUGGCCUGCAGAGGUACAGGACCUGGAAGGUUUUUCCACUACCUCAGCUCUAUUUGAGAUAUAUCCCAUUGUGGCAGCUGCCGUGACAUGGGGGCAUCUAUGGGCAGGUUCGUCAGUACGUUGCCACUCAGACAACCAAGCUACCUGCCACAUCAUAAACAAAGGCCGAUCCAAGUCACUGACUAUUAUGAGGUUCUUGAGGAAACUCACCUGGCUGGCUGCAUGCCAUAAUUUCUUCUUGUUUUGUGUUCAUGUCCCAGGUGUUUGUAACACGGCUGCUGACAAUUUGUCUCGUUUCAAUUUUCAGGCUUUUCGGCAAAUACUUCCGUCAGCCGCACGUACAGCCACGACCACUCCACCUUUCCACCAGCUAGUCAUGGACUAGAAGCUAUUAUGCAACAUAGCAGGACAUUGGCACAAUUAGCUCUGUCCACCAAUACCCGGAGAACAUAUGACAGGGCUUUCCUUCUAUUUAAAAGAUUCCUGUCUCUGCACAACAUCACACAACCUUUCAUCAUGACAUCUUUGUUAGGUUUUGCUUCUUUUUGCCACCUUAAACUUAAAUUAUCUUACAACACAAUCAAGCUAUAUCUGACAGGCAUACAACAUCACAUGCUAACAUUACAACCAAACAACACAAGUUUCAUGUCCUCAUACCAGAUCAAAAACAUCCUUAGAGGUAUCCAGAGAUCCGAACCCCCACGUACCGCGCAAAGGCUACCUAUAGACUUCAAUAUUUUCAAGGAUUUAUCCAGCCUACUAGAUUUAAAACACUUUGCGAACAACACAAACCUUGUUAUAAAAACCGCCAUAUACGUGGCUUUUUCUUGAGACCAAGAGAAUUUACCGCCAUCAACACAUCCCAGUCCACUCACAUUCUGCUUCAUUCACACUUAACGAAACACAUGGAUUACUAUAUUUUAGCUCUGCAUCACUCCAAAACCAAUCAACACGCACCCCCGGUAGAGGUUAGAUACUAUCCUACCCACAACGUGUGGUGCCCCGUCACAUUACUGGACACAUAUACUCAGCAUUUCAAAGCAUCACCAUCUCAACCACUUUUCUGUCUACAAGGUUCGGUACUCACUACCACCACCUUCAUGACCCACGUCAGGUCCCUACUUACACAACUAGGCCUAAGAUCAGCUAACUAUUCGGGCCACUCCUUCCGCAUAGGGGCGGCCUCCACAGCGUCCAGUGCAAACAUUCCAGUACAUGUUAUCAAGUCACUAGGGCGCUGGAAGUCUUCUGCAUACUCUAGAUACAUACCUAACCCGGUACAAGAAGUUAGAAAUGCCUUUCAAGAUAUGUCUGGUUGAAGUAUGUAUAUUGCUCGUUUCGUAAUAAAGUAUAUUUUCUACUUUUGCCCUCUUUAUUUGCAGGCCUACCUCAUCGUCGGUUCCGGCACACCACAACCGACUUGCUCUUUCAUACCAUCCCACACUUAUUAGUGUUUGUAUCUUCUGUACUAUCAUGAGCCCUUAACACAAGUAUUAAGGCCUUUUGGCCUGUAAUUGUGGGAGGGGCGUAUGACUCACCUUCUCCCUACUUAAGGGACACCCCUUACCUGGCUCCAUACCGUUCGAGGUCAGCGCUGCAUCACCCUCCCACCCACUCCUCUUUUAUUAACUCCUUUUCUCAUACAUUUCUUAUUGGUGGGCCCUCUUUAUUUGCAGGCCUACCUCAUCGUCGGUUCCGGCACACCACAACCGACUUGCUCUUUCAUACCAUCCCACACUUAUCAGUGUUUGUAUCUUCUGUACUAUCAUGAGCCCUUAACACAAAUAUAUAUAUAUAUAUAUAUAUAUAUAUACACACAUUCAAAAAACAAACACUUUUCUGGAAAUAAUACUGUUUGCAUAAUUAAUGCUGCUUAGACGGGCACUAUAGGCACCCAUGUCCCUCCAAUUUCAACCCUGCAAGUAAAAACACUGCUGUUUUGCCAGAACGACAGGGUUUUAUUUGCAGGGUUAACCUGCCUUUAGUGGCUGUCAUACUGACAGCCACUAGAGGUGCCUCAGCGAAACCGUAAAAUUCUACUAUUUAUAUUAGAUGGUCUCAGAGCGGCAUUUUGUACACUAGCCUCUCAAUGUUUUUCUAUGAGAAAUCUUUAGAAUAGCAUCGAUCUCUGUGAUAUUAGCCAAGGAAGUGGGACCAGCUGAGGACAUGGCAGCUCAGCGUGGAAUGUAAGGUACACUAAGUCUCGAGGAGUUAACUCACUAAUAGUUGAAGAACUUAUAAGUAAAACUUGCUGCUUUGAUGCAAUCUAAAAUUAUGUUGGUCUUCUAUGCAGUAGGGCAUUAUUUUGAACAUGUAACAAAUCUUUAAUAAUAUAAUAAUCAGUUUAAUUGACUUUCUACUUUGUUUUACAGGACAUGAAUAACUUUGAAGAGGAGCUGACGUGUUCCGUCUGCUAUAAUAUAUUCGAAGAUCCUAGAAUCCUGCCAUGUUCACAUACCUUUUGUAGGAGCUGUCUUGAAAGUGUUAUAAAUUCUCUAGACAGCUUCCUGUGGAGACUAUCCUUGGUCCGUCUCAAAUGCCCAUCCUGCAGGAAUGUAACUGAGCUCUCCCCUGCAGGGGUUAAUGCUCUCCCCAUAAAUUUUGCUCUAAAGUCAAUUAUUGAAAAAUAUAAAACCGAGGAACAGCACAGUAUGGCAACCUGUCCGGACCACCAUAGGCAACCACUGAAUGUGUUUUGUCUUAAAGAUAGAAAGCUGGUAUGCGGCCAAUGCUUAACAGUAGGACAGCACCAAGGGCAUCCUAUUGAUGACCCAGAGAGUGCUUAUAUAAAAGAGCGAGAAACAGCUUCAAAAUUCCUGGCAGCGUUAAGUGAUAAAAGCUUUACAGGUGUUACGGCAGUAAUACAAACUUUAGAGGAGCAGAUGACGCAUUGUAAGAGUGUUGUUCAGGAAGAUAAGAGAGAGGUGCUGAGUUUUUUUGAAGGGAUAAGUGACAUUUUAGAGCAAAAAAAACAGGGUCUGCUUGCGGCUCUUAAUAAUGUCAACAAGGAAGUGUCCGAGAUCUACGCACGGCAGAUAGAGCAGAUGAAGCAAAUUGAAGACGAGCAGUUGGACCUCAUUUCCUUGUGCAGUUCCACAUCAGAAGAGUCAUCCCCGUUAACAUUUCUUGAAAAUAUUCACAAAAUCCGACAGAGAAUGAAAGCUCUGAAAAAGCAGCCCCUUAUUCCUGUCCAAUCAGUUGAUAUUUACCCCAGAGUUGGAAAAGUUUUAACGAGCGAAUGGAUGGAUACAAGUUUAGGGGAAAUAAACUUAAAACCCUUACCGAAAAUAAAUCUCCGCUUUGAAAAUAAGGACAGUUCCAAGUCCAAUCCAGGCUAUCAAAUAUAUAAAUGUAUUUUGCUUACAAUUCUUUGGGUUUUUGUAAUCUUGUGUAUUUGGAACAUGGACUUAUUUUUUAGUUUUGAGAAUGGUAACUGGAAACAACAUAUUUCUGAGAACAUGCAGACACUUGCAAACAACAUGUGCAGCAACCUGGAUAAUGUUAAAGCUGGUUCACGUGUAAUUCGGGAGCUAUUUUGCUGACAUACUAUGCCUCUAACAACAUUGAUGGUUUUUAAUAAUGCAAUGUAACUCUAUUUUCACUUUCUGUGUCCUUACUAAACAACACUUGUGGAUAUUUAUCUAAGAAUUUCCUGGAAACAUUAACGAGCUGGCCUUAAGACUUUGAAAAAUAAAUCUGAGGUUCUAUGUGGAGUCUUGCUACUUAUUGUGAAUAAGUUCUUUAACAGCAAGCAUUUCAUUUAAGGAUAUCCUUAACUGCAUCUUUUGUUUCUUAGCAGGGACUUCUGUGAUCUCAUAGUAGGAACGAGACCUGCGUAGAAAAGUGCUUGGAGCGGUUGGUCCUAAUCAAAUUUCUUUUAAUCCACAGUAUUUUUGCACAAGUCUAGCAGGAACGGCAAAUAUCAUUGUGGUGUCUGGUGGCGUUUACCAUUUUGGCCAAAAAAAUACAAUUGCUUGUAUAGUAUAAAACCCUAUAAUGUCUCUGCUCAAGAAAGUACAAGUGUCAGUAUUCCUAAAUGAAGUUUAUCCACUAAACAAAGAAUUGUAGUGAAUUUAAAUCGGUAUGGUAAAAUUCUGGCUACUUAUAACUGAGAUGCCAUUUGUGUUUUAUGAUAUAAUUUUGAGCCUUCGUUGACAUUUUGUUCCCUUGUUUAACAUUAAACAUUUGUCCCAACUUACCCAGGUUGUAGGUUACAUCUAUGCUAUCUCAACAACUUUACAUAGAGGUCAGGUGAGAUUUAUAGCUAUGAUGACCUCACUUAACAUAAAAUGUUUGUUUAAAACAUUUGGUUUUAGGUAUGCAUAUACAAUACAUAAAUAAUUCCACAGGAUCCAUAGGCGGUUGUCACAGGACUUGUUGCAAAAUCUCUUUUGGAUAUUGUGCAAUUCUAUAUAGAGGACCAGGCAUUAGAUGUUGUGGUAAUAAGUAUAAGUGGAAGUGAGAAAGAACUGGGGGUGGUUAAAGGGAAAAUACAGGCAUCUAGACCACUUUAUCUCGAAAAGGGUUCUGGGUGCAGUGCUCCUGCUGUUUUAGCCCUGCAAUGUAAAACAUUGCUGUUUUUAGGAACGUGAAUGUUUUCCAUUGCAGAAUUAAACACACCUGUACUAGCUGUCUUCCUGGGAGUGGAGAGGGGGGUGAAAUUUACUUACCUGAAACUAUCCCUCACUAGCACUGCCAUCUGGGUCAACCGCAUCUUCAUGGGCUGCCAGGAGCCGACCUCAGUACUGUACUCUUGUGCAUGCACGCAAGAUCUAUGGAGGAUCCUUCAUGGCCGCAAGAUCUUUUAUAGUAAAGAGGUCGCAUUCCCACCUACAGCACUGGUGACAGCUGGGGGAAAUGACCAGUUUCACAAAAUAGUGCCAAACUGUUUUUAGAAUGGUUUAACUUGCUUCUUACCAGAGGUACUCUAGACACUACUUCCAGAGGAGAGCUGGAAGCAGGAUGUUCCUUUAAAUGUCCCUGUCCCCUUAGCCCUACAAUGUUGGUUAUUGCAGUUUCUGAGAAACUGCAAUAAUUACAUUGCGUGACUUAGACUGCAUCUAGUGGAUGUCUGACUCACAGCCACUAGAGGCACUUCCUGCUUGCUAGGUGACUUUUGGUAGCUUAACUGACACUGAACAUCCUCACGCUCCGCAAGAGGUCAUCCAGCAUCCAUAAAAUCCCCAUAGAAAAGCAAUGCUUUCCUGUCGGAAAGGCCUAAUAUGCUUGCCUCAAUAGCGCACCCACAAGGAUGUAAUGGCCCUGUGCCAUUUUGAGUGGUUAAGGUGCUAAAGCUGUUAAACCAUUUUCAAGCAAUAAAAAAAAAACAAAUUUGGGCUCCCCCCCCAUCACCCGUAGCCUACCUUUCAAAUACACUGCGAAUACAGAAACUAGUAACAAGCAUUAUCAAGAGCAGUCCCAUCCUUAGUGGGAGGGUGGUGAAUGACUCAGACUGCAGGGAGUGGGUUAGUCCACCCCCCUAAGCAUAUCGUCAUCCAGGCUUAAAGGAACACUGUAAUCACCAAAACAACUCUAGCUUAAUGAAGCGUUUUUGGUGUAUAGAUCAUGCUUCUGCAGUUUCAACUGCUGAAUUCUCUGCCAUUUAGGAAUUAAAUUACUUUGUUUAUGCAGCCCUAGGCACACCCACCUGCAAGUAAUGUGCACAGCUUUCUAAACACUUCCUGUAAAGUGAGAUCUAAUGUUUACACUUCCGUUAUUGCAAAUUCGGUUUAAUUUAGCAUUUCCUAUCUGCUCCACAGUUAAUAGCUUGCUAGACCUUGCAGGAGCCUCCUGCGUGUGGUUAAAGUUCUAUUUACAGAGCAGGAGAUAAAAACCUCCAAAGUAUAUUAACAUCUGAAUGAAAAUGAAACAAUUUAUUUAAACACAGGCUGUGUGUCACAAAAGGGAUUUAACUCCUAAAUGGGAGACAGUUAAGCAGUGUGACUUCAGAGUUAUAAUGUAUACACAACAACUGCUUCAUUAUGCUAAAGUUGUUUUGGUGACUAUAGUUUUCCUUGGCUACCAAGGCAAAGUGGAAAUCUGUCUUUGACCUCUAAAAAAUUAUAUAAAUUAAACACUAAUUUAUGUAUGUAUUAUCAGGGCUAAAAAUAAUUAAUUUUUUUUGCCCGGACAAGUAAAAAUUUAACCGGUGUGUACGCGAUGGCUUGCCGUGUCAAGUACAUUUUAAGGGUAGCAUAGGACUUAGAAUGUUAAGUUCUGGUAUUGGUAUAUUUUUGGCUUUUGCAAGUAGGUUGUAAAACUACUUCUAUAAUUUUUUAUUUUGUAUGUACAGUGUAUCAAAUAUUCUGGCAAGUUUAUAUUAAAUAAAAAAAUGAUAUAUAUAUAUUUUACACAGUUAACUUUUUAU